CUGACCUGAUAUGCCCUUAAAGAAACAACACACCGUACCGCCAUUACACACAAUCGACUAUUCAUAGAAAGGAUUGCACUCAGCCUGAUAUUACCGUUUAGGAUUUCAAUCAAUCCAUUUUUUGUUUUUUUUGGGUGAUAUGAGAGCACGUCAGGGACAGUUAGAGGGAGCUCUCCUCUCCUCUGCAGAUUCCUCACCGGCUGUAUGGUCUAGCACUAGCAAGCUGCAGGGUAAAAUGUAAAAAAAAUAAAAUAAAAUAAAGCUAGAUAAUCGUAAAUUGGCUACGUGAAGAUGGGAGCUUCGCUCCAUUGUCCGAGAGCCACCUGCCAUUUCUAUUCCAUUUUCUCAACAACAAAAAAGCACAAUAACGUUCCUAUUUUGUUGCAAUCAUAACACUUUAUAAACAACUAUGAGGGUUAGUCUCACUCUCAGAAGAAGAAAAAAAAAGAAAAAAUAGCGGGACGUUUGCAGGAGCUGCAGCCAAAAGGUCACACUGACCUCGUCCGCAUUUAGGCUUCUGGCGCCCAUCUUCCCCUUUCCGGUUAGAGAGUUAAGAUGAACAAAAAAAAGAAGGACAAUCUCUUCAUGUUUCACAGCUAACACAAAUCUUUCUGGGGAAACUGAUGGCAAAAGCAGAAUCUUAAAUAACCGAGCAACCAGUCAAAGGCAAAAAGCUUAUAAAAUAUGCACACAAAGCAAGAAAUGCAUAACCAGAUGUGCAGGAUGUCAAAAAAAACUGCAGGAGCUACAAAAAAAAAAAAAGAAGAGUAAGAUAACCCGAUAAAAAGUGGUUUAAAUGUGUAUAUUUCAACUUUUGUCACUUUCCAGAGGUAAAACUAAUAUCACGGAGGAGACUUAAGUUUGACAUUAUAUUCAAAUUUUCCACAAAACAUAAAUAUUCUUAUUCUUGACGCAUGACAAACCAGCACAGGAUGGCUCGAUGUGAUUUAUGUUAGGAAGAUACAAAAUUUAUCAAUUUAUUUAUGGUAGUCACAAGCUAGAAGGUAGCCACUGACCCCCAUUUUUUCCCCAUCAUCUUUAGUGUGAUUGCACGUGCAACUUAAAACAUUGAAAUAUAGGCUCUAUAUUUAAAAACAAAAUCCUGGAAGCAUUAGUGAUUUCUCUUGAUGUAUGAAGUCACGUUUGUCCAGCUAUAAGUAGAUUUUAUGACAUUAAUUCUGAAAAAAUGUCAGCAAAACUUUUUUUUUUUAUUUUGAAAGGAAACAUCAAGACACAUCAAGAAGGAAGCCGCACAGCUGUGCUACAUGUCCACGCGCCUCAUACUACACCGAGCUCACGGCGCUAAUCAAACGCAAAUUUAAUAAAAAAAAAUUAAGUAUGAAAACAAAUAACACUAAGUGGUCUUUUUGAAGCACGGAUGUCGGUCUGACCUGCUCGGUGUCUGUCUCCGUUUCGCAUCGGGGACAACAAGGCGAAGAUUAUUCGUCUCCGAAAGGAGAAAGUAGGGCACGAAGAGGCGACCUCUUUUCGCUCACGCCGAGACGGAGAACAGAUAGCGGGGUCAACAGGUUAUGUUCAUCCGCAGACAUUUGACCAGUCACUUUAAAUGAAGUGUCUCUAAAAAUAUAAAUUCCUACACGAACCAAAGAGUCGCUAUUUGUGGGGCGACAGUGCACGCGCGUGGCUUAAUACGACAACAACACUUUUUUUCCCCCAAACAGCCGUUAGCGUGUUUUAAACUACUGACGCAGUUAUAAAAGCUCCAAAUUCAUCCGCACAGAAUAAAAGACUAAAUGUGAAUACGCACCAACAACGUAUCAAGUUCAAGUUUCUUCCUCCCAGUGAGUCCUAGUCGCCUGCUAGCUUUAUAUUUCCAACCGCGAGACGUCGGCUCCUUUCCGCUUGUAGCGCCAAACAAAAUUAUUUUUAACAAAAGUAGUCAUUUGUCUGUCAAUUAGAAAGGACGUCAUGUCAAACUUGUCGAAAGAGGAUGUGGGAGAGCGGCUCUGUAGCGACGUGUCUCCGCGCUUCCUUCACCGGCCAUGUCGCUCGGUUCACUGGGGGCAUUCAGGCUGCAGACUGCGCCGCCGCCGCCGAGGAGCCAGAUGCGGCGAGUUCAGCUGAGGGCGUUGUCGUCUGUGGUGGCCCUGGGCGCCAACAUCAUCUGCAACAAGAUACCUGGACUGGCCCCCCGGCAAAGAGCCCUUUGCCAGAGCCGGCCAGAUGCCAUCAUCAUCAUUGGCGAAGGCGCGCAGUCAGGCAUCAACGAGUGCCAGUACCAGUUCCGCUACGCCCGUUGGAACUGUUCAGCCCUGGGGGAGAGGACCGUCUUCGGACAAGAGUUGAGAGUAGGCAGCAGGGAGGCAGCCUUCACCUACGCCAUCACCGCGGCCGGAGUUGCCCACGCCGUGACCGCGGCGUGCAGCCAGGGCAACCUGAGCCAGUGUGGCUGCGAUCGCGACAAGCAGGGCUACCACAACCGCGAGGAAGGCUGGAAAUGGGGCGGCUGCUCGGCCGACGUCAAGUACGGCGUGGAGUUUUCCCGCCGCUUUGUGGACGCCCGCGAAAUCAAGAAGAAUGCCCGCCGGCUAAUGAAUCUACACAACAAUGAGGCAGGUCGAAAGAUCCUACAGGAGAGGACGAAGCUGGAGUGCAAGUGUCACGGCGUGUCUGGUUCCUGCACCACCAGGACCUGCUGGAUCACCCUGCCCAAGCUGAGGGAGAUCGGCUACCUCCUGAAGGAGCGCUACAGCGAGGCGGUCCAGGUGGAGCCGGUCCGGGCCUCUCGGCUCCGCCAGCCUUCCUUCCUGCGCCUCAAAGGGGCUAGGGGCUACCAGAAGCCCAGAGACACAGACCUGGUCUACCUGGAGCGCUCUCCCAACUACUGUGAGGAGGACGCGGCCACGGGGAGCACGGGGACAAGAGGCCGACUGUGCAACGGCACCUCCACCCUCACGGGCGGCUGCGGCGUGAUGUGCUGCGGGCGGGGCUACAACACGCACCACUACACGCGGGUCCGCCAGUGCAACUGCAAGUUCCACUGGUGCUGCGUCGUCAAGUGCAGCACGUGCAGCGAGAAGUCGGAGGUUUUCACGUGCAAAUAGCGAGUCUGCCGAAAGACCUGCCGGCUUUUAUCACACGUUUGUACGUUUACACAUCGAUCGGGAACUAUGAAGGAAAACGGGACCAUGGAGCGACUAAAAACUAAAAAAAACAGAUCAAGAUGUUCUAAGAUUGAUACAGAAAUAUG